AUGUCUCGAGCAGGCGGCCCGUUGGUCGAGGACUGGUCUUGCCGUCGAUAUCGCUCGGUUCUUUCGCGACAACGUUGGAAUCCAUUCUUACGCAUUUUCGUAGAGGAGGAUUAUAGUGGACCUGCUAAAGCGUUCCACGACGAUGUUCGCAAGCUGGUACGGAUGCUGGUCAAAGUUGCUGAAUUUAACCCGAACAAGGCUAGUUGUUGCAAUCUCAAGCUAGAGAACUUCACUCCAAAAGCACUGGGUUGGCUCCACUCCUAUUCUGAAGAUCAGCUUCCCACUUGCCCUCUGAACUUGCGGGAGAAAAUUCGAGACCUCUUCUUACUUCAUUUCAACGGGACGUCGAAGUAUAUCUACUGCGAACCAUUUUUUGAUUCGGCCAUAUUUAUAAAUACUGUAUAUCACGCUCAAGAUAAGGUUACUUCGCUGAACCUAGGAGAUUUGAAGGGAGCUGAAAAGAUACUGCAGUGCACAUUUCCAAAUCUUGAGGAACUUGUGUGGCAUAGCGCUGAUAUGGAAGAACUAGUGAGUCUAAGCUUCCCCAAGUUGUCCUUACUGUCGCUAACAGCUGAGGCGUCGUCGAUGCUUGGCUUCAAAAUGCUGAGGAGAUGUCCCAGUCUCAAGUACCUUUACACUGGAUUAAGAGUUCCGGAUAAUCCCACAAGAUUUGAUCUCGACGUUUUGUUGCGAUGUUACCAGUCGUUUUGGAAUUCAUCGUCAUUGAUUGAGGAGGAAGAGGAUGAAGAUGAUGGUGAUGGAGACAGGAAAGCUGAUUAUAUGUUAUCCCUGCUACCGAAACUGAAUUAUAUUGGAUUCUGGAAUGCGCCAGAGAAGGUGUUCGCCAUAAUGGCUCGAUGCAAUAUAAGCUUUGAGACUUUGCAGUUCGGGCAGUUGAAUCAGAAUCUAACUCGACUUUGUUCGUUGGAUUCGAUUAUGCAGGCUUUAUUCAAGUUCAACCAGCCAAAGUACGACUGUUACAAGCUCAGCGUCAAUCACUUGAGGAUGUAUCUACACGCUAUGCCGGUCGUCUCUUUAGAUUACUAUCUACCUCAGUUGAUGAUGGGUAUCAAUGAUGCUUUGUGCUCAAUUCAUAGUCUCGAUUUAUUCAUACAUUGCUCGUUCUCGGCUACAAUGCCAUCAUCUUGGGUGUUAGAUGGCCGAUUUAAGAACUCUCGAUCGAAGCUGAAACAACUCACCCAUGUCUCUCUUCACAUAGAUGGAUAUUGUGUGUUUGAUGAUCUCGACUGUCACCUACCUCCUUGCCUAACUUGCAUCUCGAUUUCUAUAUCUUUACCUACUAUUGGAGCAUCAAAAUCAGUCGCUUCACUACUAGGAUUCUUGAAGCGUUUAUCCAACGUGAAUUCUUAUCCUGAGCUUGAAGAGCUACAUCUACAGGUAAGGCAUUUGUAAGA